AUGGUCCUCCCCACCACAGCCCUCAAGGUAACAGCCUCAAACGACACCGCCGCGCCCGCCUCCACCCUUGUCGGUGACGGCACCUGCAGAUCGCUCAGCAUCGGCUCGUACAACGUCGAGAACCUCACCCCCAACGCCUCGAACAUCGAGGGAAUCGCGAACCACAUCGCAAACUACCUCAACGGGCCGGCCCUCGUCGCCCUCCAGGAAAUCCAGGACAACUCCGGCGCAACUGACGACGGCGUCGUCUCUGCCAAUGUGACCUUAUCCACACUUGCAAACCUCAUCGCCGCAGCCGGCGGACCAGACUACGAGUUCACCGAAAUCGUCCCCGUCAACAACGCGGACGGCGGCCAGCCCGGCGGCAACAUCCGCGUCGCAUACCUCUACGAUCCCAGCAUCAUCCGCCUCCGCAACGAAAACGCCGGAUCCUCCACAGACGCAAACGAGGUCCUUGCGGGUGCUGAGCUGAAAUAUAACCCGGGCCUUAUCGACCCCUCGAACAGCGCGUGGGAGGCGUCGCGGAAGCCCCUCGCAGCAUCCUGGGAAACCCUGGACGGGAAGAACAAGUUCUUCACGGUGAACGUCCACCUCUCGAGUAAAGGCGGCGGCACAUCCCUCCAGGGCGACGUCCGACCCCCCGUAAACGGCGCCGUCGACCAGCGCAUCGCACAAGCCGAGGUCAUCGCAUCGUUCAUCGCCGGCAUCCUAGAGAAAGACCCGAAAGCGAAGAUCCUCGCAACAGGCGACUUCAACGAAUUCGCCUUCGUCGAGCCGCUCACGACCUUUGUUGAGAAAUCGGGCCUCGUCGACCUGGACGAAGUCGUGGGAAUCCCCGAGACGGAACGCUACACGUACAUCUAUGACUCGAACCACCAGCAGCUCGACCACAUGUUUGUCUCUGAGGCGCUGGCCAAGGGCGCCAAGAUGGAACAUGUCCAUGUCAACACGUGGUUGAACUAUGAUGAUGCGAGCAGUGACCAUGAUCCGUCUGUUGCGGUGUUUAAUGUUUGUGAGAAGAAGUCGACUUGCAAGCCCAAGCACUAA